CUGUAUUCAAAGGUUGGAAAUGAAAUUGGAACACGAAAAUGCUGGUUUUGCGGCUAAUAAAUCAAGAUGUUUUAUUUUAUGUAUCUGCUGAUAGUGCUUAUGCCUGCGAGACACAAGUCAAGUAUAGGAAUCUGAGGUUUAUUGUGAGAAAUGGGAAGAUUGAAUAAAUGUUGCGUACAUGGAUGUAAUGAUGUUCUCAGCAAAAGACAUCGGUUUCCUAUAAACAAUCCAAAUGUUUUUAAAUCGUGGCUCGAGAUUGUCAAGCCAAAGGAUUGGCAAAUAUUACCUGCUGAGGUAAUUCAUCGAAGAUACUAUGUAUGUGAUGCACACUUUGAAGACCAUUAUAAAGUGUCAUCAAAAAGAGGGCUUCUAAUACAUUCUGUUCCAACACUCGGUGUCUCAGUGAACAAACCAUCAUCUGAAAUCAAUUGCAACCAAUCACCACCUGAAGGAGCUCUGAGUAUUAUGGAACCUAAAACUAAAGAAAGUAUCCCAAAAGUUGAUCAUGAUUUUCUGAAUCAACCAUCAACUUCCAAAAGUAAUACCAUACAAAUAUCACAAUCCAGAGGAUUGCAGAAUGUUAUGGAACCAAUAUCCCAAGGAAUUGAAAUGAAUUUUCAUGAUUACUGUAAACACGAACCAUUUACUCUAUUGAAGGAGACAAGGAAAAGAAAGGUUUAUUCAGGUAAACAGGACUCGAUCCUUAGAAACGCAAAAAGAAGUCAAUUGUCCCAAAGAGAACUAAGUCUUUAUAAAAUGCUACUCAAAUGCAGGGAGCAAUUGUACCAGACGCAACAAGAGUUAAAGUCUUUUCAACAAAGAUGCUCUUGUAUUCAGAAUGAAGGCCAAUAAAACCAAAGGAAAGUGCACUCGAAUGUUCAGCAUCUCAGUGGAUGGAAGAAUGAAACUCAUCGCUUCACAGCUACUAGCUGGGAAUCAAGAUGGACCAAGUAUGUAAGAUAAAGAAGGGGAUUUUGGCAGCGUAAACGCUGAACAGCCCAGCAGACGACCAAUCUCCUAGGAGGCAAACAUAUGAUAUGUCUUCAGAGCAAAUCCUUGAUCUACAAGGAGAAGAAAUAACUGAUUCUAGGCGAUCGGAACAUGCACCACAUGGUAUGGGAAAGCACAGACACUAAUGAUAGAGUUCCUCUUUUAGCGAAGAUUGACGACAACAAAGGCAAAUUCGUGCCUCUUUUGAGUAGUGUGAACUAAACUUCAUUCCUGUUCAGUCCCUUAUGUUCUUAUAUAUUUUUAUUACAUUUAUUUAUUUUAUAAUAUUAUUUGAAUUGUUAUACAAACUCUAAGUAUUUUACUGAAGGUAGAGUUAUUAUUUUUAACUCAAUUCUAUUUACAAUAAUAUCAAAUCGAUAAUUAAAGUUAAUCUUUUCUACCAAUAGCUAUUCAGAUUUGUAAUUUGAGUUCUUCAACAAGUUUGAGAUUCCAUAUAUUCUAAUUGACACUAGUCAACAUAGUAGCAAAUAUUCUUGGAUAUCUAAAGAUAUUUCUUUAUAUAUAUGUAAUUGUAUUUUAUAUUCGUUUGUAUUUUUUUACUUUUGUUUGCUUUGGUUGAAAUAUCAAUAGAAAUCAUUUAUGUAUGAGUAAACUUUUUAUUUUUUCUUGAUGAAAGGACAGGUGAGGAACUCCUUUUUCAAUUUUGGGUAUGUGACUAAGAUACUUUCAGUUUUAUACAAAAGUUCUUUAUUUUUCUUAUUUGAAAAAAAGGCAACAUUCUAUUUCAAUUGAGACUUGAAGGAAACUAUUCAUGAUAACCUUCCUGGUAUACCUCAAGUCUUUUUUAUGCUGAUUUGCAUCUAUGCCUGCGAUUUUAAUCGACGCGUUGUGUUAUUUAAGGUUCUGAGUGAAAUAAGAAUUCGUAUAAAUCUAAAAUAAUCGUACACAUAUCUUUUAUUGGAAAAGUAUUUCCAUCCGAGCUUUAUAAAAAAAACUAAAUUGAAUUUGGCGCCAAACGCCAUUCUCAUGUUGAUAAAGUAGGUUUCUAUAAUAUCCUCAUGUUUGAUAAUACUGAUAGCAACGUAGAGACGGCGUCAAACACC